AUACACGUAGGUGUUUUAGAACCCAAACAGACAUAUUCCACAAAAACUUCUUUAUUGAUACCCGUCUCAUAUAAAGGCAGUAUAAUUAUUUCAAUUAUUUCAAAUAACACGGCAGACGAUGAUACCGUUGACGUUCAAACAAAUGCUAAAUCUACCCAUUCCCCAGAUUCCCCCAAGCUGCAGACUGAAUUGCCAACAGUAGUAGGCUCGUUCCUUCAAGAAAUUGAUGUUUCAUUCUGGCUACCGAAUUUACGCAUAGAAAGCAAUAUAACACUCAAAAAUGUUCAGAGCGGCCAACCCUUAACUAUUCAGUAUGUUUUAGUGAAUAGUGGUAAUGUUUCCACAAACCAUAUUUGGUAUGAUAGCGCUUACUUAAGUACUGAUGUCAUUUUAGAUGCAUUUGAUACUAAAUUAUCUUCAGUUCUCAGAUCUUACCAAAUAAACAAAGGUGAAAAUAUCACUGUAAAUAUGAGUUUCAACCUACCGCUAGAUCUAGAAACAAAGAGCUACUAUUUAACAAUUGUUGCUGAUUCUCGUAACGAGCUAUUUGAAGAGGAUGAAAAUGAUAAUAAAUAUAGUGUUGUAUUUGAUAUCAAAGGAAGAGCAAGUACUGAUAUUGCAGUUUCUAAUGUAGCAAUUGCAAAUACGUUGGAAUAUGAAAAAGAAGUCAGUGUGUCUUGGCUAGUUGUUAAUAAUGGAACGAGACCAGCACGUGGUUUCAAGUGUGAUUCAGUUUAUCUAUCUCGUGACAUUAUUUGGGAUAUCAGCGAUGCCCAGAUAGGUCGCCCAGUGUGUUCAAAAUUCGAUUUGAAGGGAAACAGCUCAAGUUCACAAUCAAGUAUGAUAAAGGCGAAAACUCCACCUGUAGCCUCUUCGUUUUAUAACACAAUUGUAAAAACUAGAUCCAAUUUACUGGACUUGAAUUUAGAUAACAACAUUGCCUUAGCUGGUCAUAAAACUAAGGUCAUAUACACAAAAGUGACAGUGAACACUACUACAAAUGCACAAAUCGUACCAUACGGAUCAGUCGCAAUACAAGUUACCAAUGUUUCGGAUGAAAAAACCCUCAUUUUCAAUAUAUCAUCAGAUGACAGGGACAGUUUUAAUAGCCUGUACGUUAAAGGUGGAAGUCCAGCAACACUUUUUGACUUUGAAAAGGUUUCUGAUGACCCUAACAUGUCUGACCAAAUCAUAACAGUCUCAAACACGAUGUAUUCUAAUUACUACAUCCUUAUUGUAAAUACAGGCUCAAUGUCAACAGAUUCUUCUCAGAAUUUAAAUGUAACUAUCAAAUACGCUCAUUUUGAAAUAUUGGACGUCUUUCCGAAGUCUUUAGUACCAGGUGCAAAAACAACAUUGCAUAUUACAGGAACCUUAUUUCCAUACGAUUCACGUAUUCAUUUGAUGAAUGCAAAACAUGACUAUGACGCCAUCAGAACAUAUAUAUUUUCUUCAAGUAAUGUCUAUGCAACAUUCUAUAUUCCAGAAAUUAAUAAUUUAACUGUUUUUGUUCUGAAGUUAACAUCUGAUUCUUCGAACGAAACAAUACAAUUCAGGGACAAGAUAACUAUCAAAAAUGGUACGGAAGGCUAUCUUGAGUAUUCAGUAGAGAACCCAGGCCGACUUAGAAAUGGAGAAACUGGUAUUAUCUCAGUAAACCUUCAAAAUGCUGGAGAUACAGAUUUAUACGUACCUCUUGUUAUUUUUGAAGCUAGUGAUAAGGGUAGCGUGCGUUUAAUCGACGGUAUGAAAAGACACAUUUUCAAACAAUGCUAUUUUGUUUUUUGUUCUAUGAAAAACGGACCCGCAGGUAUUUUACCACCGAAGUCGCAAUGUCAGUUGAAAUUUGAGACGAAACAAAAUGAAACGUACCGUUUCGGGCGCAUAGAAAUGGCUCUUAAUACCUUCAUUUUGAGACAAACUAAAGAUACAGAUAAUCCGUAUAUUAUCCGGAAAGAUAUCUUACGACCAACUCACUACGACCAACAAGCGUGGGACCCAAUUUGGAGUAAUUUCAUUGCUGCCACAGGAAAAACUGCUUUGUCUCUAAGCGAGAAAUUGUCAGACGUUUUGAAUGAAAUGAGCCUCGGGGGUAGAUACGUAAAAAUCGUGGAUGACGUAAUUGGAUACCUUCUUGACAUAGCAGAUUCUCCUUAUAGUGAACGGUAUUUGGUACGAAAUUCCGAUUUAGAAGUCAGGUCAGAUUCUGAAAUAGUCAUGUCAGUCGAACGGUACUUAUCCUCUAGAAUUGGUUCCAGGUCGCAAGUGAGUUACAUGGGAAAAGGAUGGAUUCUACCACUAUGGGACACAAAAAUAAAGCAAGUGACCGACGAUGACCUUAUACUUACAGUAGAAAAAGUUGAUUUUAAUUUUGUCAAGUAUAGCAACAGCUCGUUUGUCAAUAAAAGACUUGGAGUUAUAACCAAAACUGAAACUGACCUUAUUCACAUCCCAAAUGAACAGAGAAGGAAGUUUCAUUUUGACAGUGAAACACUGGCAUUGAAAGAAAUCUCUUCGCUCGUUGACGACAGCUUUAUAAAAUUGCAAUACGAAGGACAUUUACUGAAGAAAAUUCUACAUUCUUCUGGUUCAUUUGUUAAUGUAAUGUACGAUAGGCACGACAGAAUACAAACAAUGCAGUUACAAAAUUCAUCAAACUCUGUGGAUAACAAGAAAUUAUUAUGUGCAUAUGAUCUAGACAAUGGAGUGUUAUCGGAGAUCCGGCGUAAUGGGGAAACAACUAGAUAUUCAUACUUCCAAGAUUUUUCUCUGAAGUACAUUAUCAACCCUGACCGAUCUAUGAUUCUCUACGAGUAUAACAAAAUGGGACAUUUAAGUGCGAAAAAGUUCAUCCAGAAUGGCAAACAAAUUUUGAGUCGAGAAUAUACUUACAGCUCUGGUGGGGUGGAGUCGGUGAAGGGUAACCUAGAGGGCGAUUACAGUUUGACUUUUGAUGAAAACGGAAAUAUUGUUCUUAUCCGGAGAAAAGGUUUUCUCCCAAGCAAAACAAUCAUAACCUCGUCGACUGAAAUUCAGUACGAAGGUGAAUUGAUUGUUACUAAGCGAACACUCAGUGGGAACAUGUUGACGAUCGAGGAUGGUAAUGGAGAUAAGUUGCAAACUGUAUUUAACAACAGAAGUCAGCUUAUCGGGUUUAGCGACGGGGGUGGUAAUGAAUACAGAAUAAAUCUUAACAGAAAUGGAAGUAUUCGAAGCAUAAUAUUCCCAGACGGAUCCAACAAAACUUAUUUAUACUCUCAAAAUGGACACACAGUUAAGACACAAAAUAAUGGUGUCAAAAAGUUUCUUUAUAACGAAAAAAAGCAAUUGACAAUGAAGGAUAUUGGUAACUCGUCUGUUUGUGCAUACAACUACGAUGAAAAUGGAAAUUUGUUACGUGCAGAAAAUAAAAAUGGGGAAAUUGAAUUUUUUUACACAAAGAACAAUGUUAAAACUAUUUCAUAUCCUGAUGUUUCAAUUAAUUAUAAGUACAAUGAAAAAGGGUUUUUGUCAAAUCUUUCAACGAACAAAGAUUAUUUCGUGCAUUAUGACUAUAAUGAUCUUAACAAGCUUACGCGUGUUACAACUAAAGACGAUAAGGUAAUUCUCACGGCAGAGUAUAACUCUAUGGGCAAAAUUGUAAAGAAAUCACUAGGUAACAACAUUACAACCACUUAUAGCUAUGACUCUGUUACAGGUUUGCUUCGAAAUUUAACCAAUUUUUUCAAAAAUGGUUCAGUGGCAUCCUACUUCAUAUAUGACUACUCUCUUCAUUUGAGACGUGUAUCUGUGGAUACGCAUGAAGGGAAAUGGAAGUUCAGGUAUGAUCGCGCUGGACAAAUUGUUUCUAUGACUGAUCCAAAAGGUUCAGUAACCAAAUACAUCUACGACAAUAGGAAGAAUAGAAAAAUGGUGUCAGUACACGGAUUUGACUACGAAACCGAAGUAAACAGUAUGAACCAAUACAGAAGAUAUAGAAAUAGAACGUACUCGUACGAUAAAAACGGUAACAUGAACUUUCGGGACGGUUCGACUCCGGAGUACUUUUCAUUUGAUGAAGAUAAUAAACUGUCAUCGUAUAAGUCUAAAUCAAUAAAAUGCCUUUUCGAAUAUGACGCACUUGAUAAUUUAUACGCCAAAACAUGUAAUAAUACUACAACACGAUACAUCAUAAAUCCUAGAGGAAACUAUGGAUCUGAUAUAAUUGAACAGAUAAUCAACGACAAUGGCAACCAAUCUAGAGUUCGGUUUUAUCAUGGUGGUGAUGGCAUUGGCCUUAUUGCUGCUCAGUAUGACAACGGAAGUAUCGUUUACUUUACGUACGGCCCAAUUGGGACUGUUCAAGAAAUAUUGAAUGAGGAUGGAGAUUUACUCAACAAUUACUACACCGAUCCGUUUGGUCAAGAAAUCGCUUCAACAAAGAAAAUUAAAUCAAUGUUUACUUUUGUUGGACAAUGGGGUGUGGUCGCUUUUGAAGAGAUUCCAGAUAUAUAUUUUAUGCGCUCUAGGAUGUACGACAGCUAUACAGGAAGAUUUUUUAGCACUGACGCGUACGGGUUAAAAGCUCACAGCAAAAAUCUGUAUGCUUAUUGUUCAAAUAAUCCUGUGCACUUUAAUGAUCCAAAAGGAGAUUUUCUACAAAUAUUAGUUGGUGCUGCAAUUGGAUCAGCCGUUGGUGUAUUAGAUUAUGCGUUAAGUACACCUAAAGAUGAGUGGUCUUGGGGGGGGGGGGUAAUCUUUUAUUUUGAAUUAUCAUAUCGUUAUAAUUUUGAUGGUUAUAUUCUAACUAAAACUUUUUGCGAUAGGUUUGGAAAGGUGGAGUCAUGUAUUGUAUAUUUUAAGUAUGAUAUUGAAUACUACUAAAUACAUUCUGUUCUUCGUUUCUGUUUCUUUUUCUUUUUCUUUUUUUUUUUAAUUACGCUUUAAAGUGCCAAAAGCGUUUUAUUUAUUAACUCGAAAUUUUUAAAGUUUUAGUAUUAACUCGAAUUUCGACUUC